CACAGCUUGUCCAUCUUGUUAGUCCUGUGCCAGCUCCAGCAUGCAUGUCUGCCUAUCUGUUGUUGUGUGGCUUCGUGUCUGAAUGCACGUCUCACUUUGAUCUCCAGCGUCUGCUUCUCAUCUAGCAUCUCGUUCACCACCGUCACCAAGAAGACACAGCAGCCGGUCUUCAUUCUGGAGGGAAAGGCCCCAGUCGAGUCCAGCAGGGGGGAUGGAGGAGAUGGGGAGUCUGGAUCCCUCAGCCCCACCUCUGCUGAUAUGCCUCUGACCCACGUAGAGACUUUGGCCCCCUGGCAGAGCGAGAGCCUGCUGGCAGAGUCCUGGUCCACGGUGGGCGAUGCAGACCCUGAGGACACCAAGAGCCUGGACAGCAAUGACGACCAGGGGCUGGGCGGAGAGGAGAACCACUCCUCCAACUCUGACAUGGUCCACCUAGAGCGAGAGGAGGCGGAGAUGCUCGAGGAGGCAGAGAAGGAGGAGGCGGCGAGGAGGACAGAGGAGGAGGAGGAAGACGACGACGAGCUGCAGACGAGCGUGAUGAGUGUUUUAGGCGGGGAGAGGGAGCUGGUGGAGCUCAGAGAGGAGGAGCAGGACCUCAUCGCCCCGGAAACUGAGGGGCUCCUGGUGUCAGCGGAGGAGCCGUACAAGAGAAAGGAGCCGGCAGAGUUCAUGCAGGUGGUUCCCCCCAUGGCGCUGCCUCCUCUGCCUAUCGUCAAGUUCGACCCCCCCUCCACUACCUCCACCCCGGUCCCUUCAACCACAAGCUCUGAAGCCGAGGAGCUCUACCCCACUCAGGGGCUCCAACCUCCUUCUAUCCUUGCACGUAUGGCAGCAGAGUCUCUGUCAGAGAGUCAUGAGCAGCUACGAUUCUCACAGAUUCCCCUGUCGGAUGUGGAGGGACAUUCAGCCAAAGCCUCUGAAGCAGCACCAGAAAAGCCGGAGCCCCCCCCGCCCACUGCGCCAGAGACUCCCACCCCUCUGAGCUCCACGGAGCUGCUGUGUGGAGGCGCAGCUCUGGUCGCGGUAGUGGGGAUAGUGGCUUAUGGUGCUGUGGCCUACUGUAGGAAGUAGAACUAGAAUCACCCUUUAAACACAAAUUUGUAAAUCUAUUCCAAAUGAAAAUAUUCCACUUAACUCUCUGAGUUCUGGAUUUUACUCUUUGUAUUGUAGUUAUUAUUAGACACAUUAAUUUGAUUUUUCCGAUUCGUUUUGUGCUACCUCAGCUCAUGGCCUUUGUUUUUCUGUAUACGAUUGAUCUCUGAUCUCUAACAUGUAAGCCUGGAUGUAAAAUCAUGUGAAGGUAGAAUUUUAAAGAAUCCUGAAACUUGAA